UGACCUUUGACCUUCUGUGAGGUUAGGUACCUGCCAGCUGGAUGAGGCAUAGGCUGUGUUCGUGACGGCGCAUAAAUGCGAAAUUACGAUGCAUUCUGGUUUUAAAAAAUUGAUUCUAGCCAGAAUACACUGAAAUGGCGAAGUGCAUGCACACUGCGCAGACUGCUGCUUUGAUUGGAGCCUAAGAUCUGGUACCCUCACUGAGGGAUAGAAUUUACAUCCAUGCUGUGUUUCAGAACGAUUGUGCAAACCCAAAGCAGCGUGGGAUUUACCUUCCCAGGCUACACCUUGCCUGAAUUCGCAUCCCAUUUUACAGUUCCACGGACCUCCAUUCAUCAUGUUGCUGCUGGGUGGCCGUGCUAGUCAGAUGAUCGUGCUGCUCUGCUCAGCGGCCCUUUUGCUGGAGACAGUCAGAGCAGGCUCCAGUUUUCUCAGUCCUGCAAAGAAACCUCAGGGGAAAGGCAAGCCGCCAGCUCGCAUGGGACGCAGAGAUGUGAUUGCGCAAGGCAACCCACAGGAGGAUGUCCACUCCCUGCUGAGUCCUCCAUUUCGGCUGGGCGUGACCAUGACUGCUGCCGAGUACGAAGAGCAUGGCCCAGGCCUGCAGAGGAUCCUCGACACCAUCCUGGGGGACACAGCAGGUCAGUAGCAUGUGAAGACCUCAAACCCAAUAAUGAGUCCCCUGACACGGCAGAUUGAUGUUACACUUUGCUUGAAGAAACACGUUACAAGAGGCUCCCGGCAACAGCAUAUCAGAAAAUAAAUCAUCAAUAAAAAAAUAACACAUGCAUACAAUCAUCA